GGGCAAGCGGUCGAGCCCCAUCCCCCAUCCACCUCCAUAAAACCCUCCUUGCUGUGCUGCUCAGGGCUCAGGGCUCACAACCGCGUCUGCGAGGAGUCGAGGAGGAAGGCACCGCGUCUGCGAGAUCUAAUUUUGUACUGUGAGGUGGGGAGAAGAAAAGUGAAGGGACGAACCUGCCGUCUUCUUUUGAGGAUUCCUGGAGAGACCAAGUGCAAGAGCUAUGGGCAACUCCUGUGUUACUGGCGCCUGCAGCCAGGGUUCCAAUGGGUCGGGGACAACCUUCAAAUGGAGGAUCGAUGGUUUCUCCGCGCUUCUAGAUAAGGAUGAAGGAUGGACCAACUCCAGUGUGUUUGUGAUCAAGGGGCUUAACUGGUACCUGAAGCUGAACCCAAGGGACAGAAAGAGUGGCGACCAGAAUGAAUAUGUUACUCUUAAUCUUGUCCUGACUAAAGUAUCUGAGAAAUCCCAUACGGUCGCGGAGACAACUUUCAAGUUCCUGAUAUAUGACCAGUUACAUGGGAAGCACCAUGAAGAGCAUCAAGUGAGCCACAAUUUUCAGGCUACAAGCAGAUUCUCUGGGACCUCAUGCAUGAUCCCCCUCGCGACGCUUAAGGAGCAGCCCUCUGGAUUCCUCGUCAAUGACAGCUGUGUUUUCGGUGUCCAGUUCAUCAAAGUUGUCGCUGUUAAAGGUAAACAUGUUUUGGAGACGCUGUUUGUUCAGAAGACUAGCAACAUCAGCAAUGGCCCACAAGCCUACACCUGGAACAUUGAUGAUUUCUUUGUGUUGAAGAACCCGAGCACCUCUCCAGAGUUUCAGCUCUGUGGACACAAAUGGUUCAUCACCAUCUAUCCAUCUGGUUCCGAUUCGAAUGGGAACUACAUCUCCCUGCAUCUGAGCAUGAAGGACACACUCCAUAAGGAUUCGGGGAUCCUGGCAGAGAAUUUACAGUAAAAUUUACUCCAGGGAGCAAGAUCACAUUACUGCAGUUAGGUACUCCCAGCUGUAGUUCAUGAUUUACUUGAGCAAGAUCACAUUACUGCAGACAAGUACUCCAUGCUGUAAUUCAUGAUCUUACUGUAACUACAGCAUGAGAACAUGGAGUAAUUCUUCUGUAAAUACAUCUGUACAUUCAUGGAGUAAUUUCUGUUGUUGUGCAAGGGGCGAGGCAAGGAGAACCUGCCUGGAGACCACGUGCUGCGUAGUGACGAGCCAGGUGGGCUGGGCACGGCGAGGACCAAGCUGAGGGGGCGGCGACCAAGCUGGGCGCGGAGGCGACCAAGCUGAGGCGGAGGCGACCAAACUGGGUGCCUGGGCGCGGGGCCGAGCGCCUGGAAACGGGGCCGAGCGCCUGGAUGAUGGGGACGAUGCGUGCUCGUGGAGGAGGGGGACGACGCAAGCUACUGGAGGAGGGGUACGGCGCAAGCUUCUGGAGGAAGACGACGACACGAGCUCCUGGAGGAAGACGACGGCACGAGCUCCUGGAGGAUGGGGACGACGCGAGCUCCUGGAGGAUGGGGACGGCGCGAGCUCCUGGGGGAUGGGGACGGCGCAAGCUCCUGGGGGAAGGGGAUGGCGCGAGCUCCUGGGGGAUGGGGACGGCGCGAGCUCUUGGAGGAGGAAGACGACGCGAAUUCAAAUCGAGGGUAAAAUGGUCUAAUUCGCCAUUUGUCGGCUGUGUCCUAAAAUUGUAAACGCUCUUAUAAAAGUUUACAGAGGGAGUAGUUAAGUUCUCCAAAUCGUUGCCAGAGUUGGAUAAUGGAUACUGCAUUGCCUUCUUAAUAAAUUUGUUCAUCCUGAUA